ACUGGAAUCUUUUGGAGCCAAAGUUCCAAACCUGGGUAUUCGUGUUUCAUUUUUUUUCUUCCUUAUUCUUCUUCGCUUAUUCGUAAAUUCAAGUCAAUAAACUCACUGAGAAGUGAGAAUAUAGAAACUUCAUUGUUUAAAACUAGCACAAUACCAAUCAUCUUCUACUUAGUUUGCAUUGGAUUAAAAAGGAGUAUAUAAAACCCCACAAAAUACUAUUGCAAUGAUACAAAAUCCAGUCUUUCAUUUAGUUUUGUGUAUAUUUAAUAAAGGUUACUAGAUCCCAUUUGCAUUUUUUUCUUAUAUAGAUUGGGUUUACCAAAAUCGUUUUGACUUUGCUUUUUUAACUUGUAAAGAAUUAAGGAAUUGCAUUUGUCGUUAUCCUUAUGUGUUCACGUUACCAUUUGCCUUAUGCGUCAAAAUUUUGUCUGCUAAAGCAUAUAUGAAACGGCUAAGAAAUAAAUUGUGUAAAUAAUUGUAUUUUAUUUUCUUUUUGUAUCGGUCAGGAGAGAUAGGUUUCGAAAUUUUAAGGUAUUUUAGUUAGUUAAAUAACUAAAUAUAUAAUUUUAGUUUAUAAAAGAACGAGUCAUCGAAAAGACAAAAGCUUACCCGAGGGGGUAGAGUAGAUACGCGUUUCGUGACUAAGGCAAAUAGGUCAAAAUAAGCACUGAGACGACGAUGGAGAGAGAUAAAGAGAGAUUUCGCAGCACCAACGUCGAAGUUUCUCAUGGCAUUCAUUCAACAUUACGUGAUCCUCGAAGAAAUCUCGUACAUAUAAAAAUUAAAUAAAUCGAACGUCAUGUACAACACCAUUGCAAGAGAGAAUUAUUUCCAAAACGAAACUUGAGCACAAACUGCCUGAUUUGUUUUCUGUGUAAUGGAGAAGAGGAGAAGAGAAGAGAUGAUAACGGAGGCAGAGAUGGAGGCAGCUCAAUAUCUGAUGGAGCUAAGCGACGAAGAGACUAGUCUCGAAAUAACAAAGAAGAGGAAGAUUGAAGAAAUAUUCGGUAAAGAUGAUAUUUAUCAAGAUCAAUGCACGAAAGAAAUGGUGAUCGUGAGAGUAAUGUCACCAAAGAAGAAGAAGAAGUUUAGGACUCUCGAGAGCAUUUACAAGGCGACACGACCUAUAUAUCAGAGUCGAGAUAAUAAGAUGAUGAAACAACAUUCUUAGGUUUGAAGUCUUUUUGUGACAAAAAAAAAAAAAAGGUUUGAAGUCUUUAGAAUUCUGUUAUUACAUAAUGAUUCUUGCUUGAGCAUAUACAUGACGACGUGACAAGAUAUCAGGACCGUCACUGGAUGAUGAAGCAACUAGUGAAGCUUAGGGAUCUGUUAUUACAUUAUCAUUUUAUUUGCUAACUUUUGUAAAUAGUGCGAAGAAUAUGAAUGAAGGCUAAAUGGUUUAAUAAUGAUAUAAUCAGUCAUUGCACGUCAUUUUAUUAAACAAUGUACGUGAACGAGGUAAGAACCGAUCGAGAGAGAUAAAAGAUCAACUGAUUAUGAUCGAUGACUCACGGCUAUUAGCUUUCCAACGCGUAGAAGUCUUUGUUAGUAAUAAUAAUAAGCGUGUUGGGGUUUUAUAUUGCACAGUUGAUACUCUACCAACUAUUUUGUACCUUUAUAAGUUUUUAUCAGUUGUCCCAUAAUCGUAAUAACAAGAAAUACUAAUUCUGGAAUGUAGUCGACGAGGUUUACAUAAUAUAAAAAACAAAUAUAUGUAUUGACAAUUACGUUUGUGUUGUAUAUGCCACUCGUGGUAAUAUGUGCGCUCGCACAGCCAAGUUGUUUCAACUUUUCAAAAAAAGCUAGUAAAUAUAUAGAACGUUGGUUGAAGUAUCUUGUCCAUAUCAUCAUAGUUUAAGAACGCCUUCGUGUCGUUGUGUUGUUCACUGUCUUCGGGUUCUUCCUUAUGUUCCAGUAUUGGCUCGGUUUCUAUUUUCAGAUUCUUCAAAUUCAUAUACUAAUAAUCGCUAUCAUAUGGUAUCAAUUGUUUUACGUACUUCCUUUUUUUGUCAGUAAAACUAAGUUUAGAAGUUUUAUUUUUUGUUAAUAUAUACUUUGUAAACCUCAACAUUCAUUUCUUGAAUAAAAAAAAAAAGGUUAAGAACGUCAGGUCAA